GCACAGCGGCUGCAGCUGAGCGAGGCGCACCAUGUCUGGCAGAGGCAAGGGCGGGAAGGGGCUCGGCAAGGGCGGCGCCAAGCGCCACCGCAAGGUGCUGCGCGACAACAUCCAGGGCAUCACCAAGCCGGCCAUCCGCCGCCUGGCUCGGCGCGGCGGCGUCAAGCGCAUCUCGGGGCUCAUCUACGAGGAGACGCGCGGCGUGCUGAAGGUCUUCCUGGAGAACGUCAUCCGCGACGCCGUCACCUACACCGAGCACGCCAAGAGGAAGACGGUCACGGCCAUGGACGUGGUCUACGCCCUCAAGCGCCAGGGACGCACCCUCUACGGCUUCGGCGGCUAAAACGCACCUUUUGUUCCCGGAUCACCUCGAGAAACGAACCCAAAGGCUCUUCUAAGAGCCACCCACUUUUUCCAUUAAAAGAGCUGUGUUAACUUGCUUAAUUGAAAACGGUAACUGAAUUUAAGUGUGUAGUAUCCAAUUUAUUAAGAUUAUUAAUGCUAGUGAUGGAAUACCAUUGCUAUGCAUUGUGAUUAACCCUGUGCUGUGUAAUGUGCAACUGCUGCUAACGGGGAAAUGCUCAUUGCUGUGUAAGAUGCACUUUUCCUUGUGUAUUCCAGAUUCUCUUAGAAACGUACCCCAAUAAAAAUCACUUCGAGUGCUAUUUAGUCAAAA